AUGUUUGUCUCCCGUGCAGAACACGUAGGUUCUCUGAAGCGACCUGACGUUCUUUUGCAGAAGCGAUCUGACUUUCAAGCCGGGAAAUGCACCACUGAAGAGCUCAAGGCGGUCGAAGAUGAGAGCAUCGUUGAGGCCGUACGCAUCCAGUUGAACUUGGGUCUCGAUACCAUCACCGAUGGCGAAUAUCGACGUACCAUGUUUUACGAUGGCUUGUUCGACUGCCUGGACGGAUUCAACGUGAUCAACGACCCGCCGCAGCAUCUUUUUCAGAAGAAGCUAGAGCGGACGAAACCCCUGUACGGCGAAGCGUUCGACUUCCUCAAGAAGCUCGCGGGUCCUGAGAACCUACAGAAGCUCAAAUUGACCUUGGGCGCCCCGGAAUGGUACCACUUCCGCCACGGCAAGUACACGUACGAAUCGACCGCGUACGCGAAUGACGAUGACUACUUCGCGGACCUUAUUAAGAUAUAUCGGGACGAGUUCCGGGACCUGUAUUCAAGGGGCUGCCGGCACAUUCAGAUAGAUGAUCCGAUUUUGGUGUCGUUCUGCGACGAGAAGCUCCGGCAACUUAUGCUCAAAGAAGCAGUCGAUCCUGAGGCACUUCUCGACACGUACAUCCGCGUCCUAAACGGGUGUAUCGCCGAAAAGCCUUCGGACUUGCUCGUCAGUGUUCACAUAUGCAGGGGGAACGUAAGGCCCGACCGCCAACCAUUCAUUUGGGGUCCAUACAAUCGCAUUGCGAAGAAGCUAUUCAAUGAUCUCAAGUUCGAGCAGUACUACCUGGAGUACGACACCGAACGGGCAGGAACCUUCGAGCCCCUCCAGUAUCUCCCUAGAAACAAACACGUUGUCCUCGGCCUGGUAUCGACGAAGUCCCCGGAGCUCGAAGAUCCGGUCGUCCUCCGCGGGCGUAUCAUGGACGCCGCCGAGGUGAUAGCACGCGGGGAAGUGCCGCGCUCCGUGGAAGAGGCCCUCGAUCAACUCUCCAUAAGCACGCAAUGCGGCUUCGCGUCACACGCUCCCGGAUUUGCGGCGGUGACUUACGAGGACAUGGUGAAGAAGUUGACGCUCGUUCGAGACGUGGCGCGCACGGUUUGGGGUGCAACGUAAACAUUGGUCACGCAGGUGUACAUUAUGUCCGCCAUUUCACGUACUACGAAAGGAAGCUCUGUAAAGG